CCAAAAGAAGAACGACGCCCUCCACGCAGAGCUCUUGCUCUGUCUCCGCCUCCAGCACCAAGUAAUGAUCUUCUUGCAAAGAAUCUGGAGAUGAUUGAGAUGCAUCAAAAUGGCCUUCAUUCCGAGGGGACAAACUUUUAG